GAGAUUCUCCCUGGGACGUUGCUAUGCGCCUAACAUCUGAGCUGUAGCACGCACAGUGUCCUGUCUGUAAAGCAACCGCUGUGUGCUGAAGACUGCAAAAACUUUGGGUCAACUCUACUUUUCCUCGUCGGAACUGAAGUCGAGGUGGAUGCAACUUUAAAGACGAACAUUGUGAAAAUAAGUUUGGCUGCUUAUUUAGAAAAGUUUGAAACAAAUGUUUUGUUGACUGCUUUGUGUUUCUAUGGGAGAGUCUGGAACUAGAAAUACAUGCUGAAGACAAGAAACUGAUACUUUUUUUGCGCUUUUUUUUGUGAACUUUCCGAUAAUUUUUUAUUUUGUCUUAGUUGUUUAAAGAGGCCCAAUCACGGCUAUGAAUGAAUAAUCCAGUUAGUCAACCAACUUGCUAACUUUUAUAACUUUCGUUGCCAGCGAAGUUGAAAGAAAUCAGAGUCUCCAUGAGGAAAUUCAACGUGCGAGUUGAAACGCUGUCCUAGUAAUAGCUUACAGCUGAGCGUCUUUCCAGUGUUUUUGCGUUGCGCCUAUAUUUUAAACUUUUAUUUAACCGACUCAAUGAAGACAAUGUUAGUCUUCUCUACGGUUUACACAUUUGCCGUGCUGUUUGUUUCGACGAAGGCUGAGCCCAAGUCGACAAGCUGCAAUGAAGUUAGGGCUGCGUACAGUUCCAAAGGCUUCAACGCCAAUGAUGUUCCCAACAAAGGAAUACACGGAACCCAUCUGAAGGUGUGUCCCCAGGAAUACUCAUGCUGUACCUUGGAGAUGGAGGAGAAACUGAGCCAGCAGAGCCACUCAGACCUGAAGGCCCCCGUCUCCCAGCUCAGCACCAACCUACAGAGCACCUUCAAACAGAGGCACAGCCACUUUGACCAGUUCUUCCGCGAGUUACUGGACAACGCGGAGCGCUCGCUCAACGACAUGUUCGUGCGCACAUACGGCAAGAUGUACGUGCAGAACGCCGAACUAUUCAAGCACUUCUUCCAGGAGCUGAAGCGCUACUACGUAUCGGGCAGCGGGGCGGUCAACCUGGACUCCAUGCUGUCUGACUUCUGGGAAGACCUCCUGGAGAGGAUGUUCCGAUUGGUCAACGUCCAGUACGAGUUCAGCGACGCCUACAUGGAGUGCGUCAGCCGCCACACCGAGCAGCUAAAACCGUUUGGCGACGUGCCACGCAAGCUCCGCCUCCAGCUGACACGGGCCUUCGUGGCGGCGCGCACCUUUACCCGCGGCCUGGCGCUCAUGCCCGAGGUGGUCAACAAAGUCUCCACGGUCAGUGCGUCCCCUAGCUGUGUACGGGCAGCCAUGAAGAUGAUGUACUGUCCCUACUGUUCUGGCCAGGUUGCCCUCAAGCCUUGUCAGAACUACUGUCUCAACGUGAUGCGUGGCUGUCUGGCCAACCAGGCCGACCUCGACACCGAGUGGAACAACUUCCUGGAUGCCAUGUUGAGUCUGGCUGAGAGGCUGGAGGGGCCCUUCAACUUUGAGUCUGUCAUGGACCCUAUUGACGUCAAGAUCUCUGAGGCCAUCAUGAACAUGCAGGAGAACAGCAUGCAGGUGUCACAGAAGGUGUUUCAGGGGUGUGGUCAGCCUCAGCCAGGUAAAGGCUUCCGGUCCCGUCGCUCAGUCAAGGAGACAGGAUUCACCGGUCGCUUCCGUCCCUACAGCCCCGAUGCACGGCCCACCACAGCUGCUGGCACCAGCCUGGACAGAUUGACGACAGAUGUGAAGAAGAAGCUGAAGCAUGCUAAGAAGUUCUGGUCCACGCUGCCAGAGACUGUGUGUGUUGGGGAGAGGAUCACGUCUGGGGAUGACUGUUGGAACGGAACAGCAAAGAGCAGGUACGAGUCUGUUGUUAUGGGCAACGGAUUGGCCAAUCAGGUGUCCAACCCGGAUGUGGAAGUGGACAUCACAAAGCCAGACCUGGUGAUUCGCAGUCAGAUCGCAGUGUUAAAGGAAAUGACUAGCUGGCUGAAGGCCGCCCACAGCGGCAACGACAUCUCCAUCGACCAAGAUGAGGACGGUAGCGGAGGAGAGGAGAGCGGCAGCGGAUGUGCCUCUCCGUCCUGUGAGGCGGACCGGGACAUCUACUUCUCCACCCCGCCCACCCCCAUCAACCCCCGCGUGGUUAAGGUGGUGCACCAGGAAACGACUGGGGGAGUCCGUGUGGCACACGGGAGCAUGGCUCUGGCACUCUGUGGGCUCGUCCUGGCCCUGCUCGCCCCCCACUGGAGAUAAAACUGCUGAGGGAAGGAAAGGAAGAGGGCGACUGAGAGAAGGGGGAAAAACUGUCAAAGACUUUUAAAAAGACUGCCUUCAGGACCUCGGUCUGCCCGCCAUCAUGUGGGGGGGUGGGGGGGAGACUGGAGUUAUUAAUAUUAUAAUAACUUCACUUUUAAUUUUGUUUGUUUUUAUAAAAAUGGACAUAAAGUGUACAGCGAUACGAUUUUCUUCUAAAAUGUUCACCACUUUUUUAUUUUUUUUAUUUUGUCCUGAUUAACUGAUUGGCCCCUUGAAGCUAGGCUCUCUACCACCACAGCACCAACAGUGUUUUCAGUUCUACCAUUUUAUCCCAUUAUUCACAUUUUAGUUUUUGUUGGGCGUUUGGGUCUUAGAGUUAUCUCAAUUGGAACCCGGGAUUGUGUGUGUGCCUGUGUAUGUCUGAGAGAGCUUUUCAUUAUAACAAUACGCUCUAUUCACUAAUGCAUUUCCCUUAUCAAGAUAACAACUAAGGAACAAUGUAGCAAGUAUUCCUGGUUUGCCAGUGUUCCUGGUUUGCCAGUCUGUAUUGGUUUGUGUGUGUGUGUAUGAGUGAGCGUGGUUCCUUUUUUUUUUUUUUUUUUGCUAUAGUGGUUGUAUCUUUAGGCUGGCCAGGGAUGAAUGUGGACAAAAGAACAUUGAAAUGGAUGUCUUGGUCACAUGUUGAAGCUUCAGACUGGCUCUCACAGCUGAAAGUACAAGAGACUGGUAGCUCUGCGGGAAAGCACUGAGAAGUUACAGGGCUGAUGGUUUGAUAGGAGAUGGAACCAGCUGGCGAGGGGUUCUCUGUGCAUCCAUCACAUCGCAAACUACACUCUAAACCAGUCCACUGAGAUCAUACCUCAUGUGUUCUUUGAAUCAUUAUAAACUAGCUGUGUUUAACUGUAACUUGUUGGAUGGAUGGGGGAAGUGUUGAUGUAGGCUACAAGGGAAUGCUGGAGACUUGACAGGAGGGGCUCCCCCUCCCUGGCAUUCCCUGUAUGGAAGGCAGAGCUGACGGGUGUCCUGGGGCAGUGAGUCUGUUCCGAGCAGACUGCACAGUCAGUCUGACAUGAUAAAAUUAGAUGAUCUUGACAGGGAGUGGCUUGUAUGUCCAACAUCUUUCAGAUAUAGCAGAAAAGAGAAACCAAGACACAGUUGAGUGACUUUGUGAAUUGAAUCGGCGAUGAGAGAAAUGUGGAGACUGAGUAUGAUAAAAUUGGAACACAGGGUUUUAUGUGGAGGUAGUGUUCAAAUGUUUUGGUAUAAAGAUAUGUAUUAGGUACUACAAUGAAUUGUACUGCUAGUUGUAGGAGCUGGUGGUCUGUGUGCACAGAUUAUGUUUUGGGGUGCUUGUUUGCACCCCAUACAGACAUUUACCUCUACUUUCAUUAGAUCUGUCUGACCUUCGUGUCCCUUCUUGCAUCCAAUAUUUUCAACUGUUUGCAACAAAAUUUGAUAUAUUCUGUCUCGCAUGGAAAAUGAAACCUUGUAACUACUUCUUCAUGAUCAUGAAAAUAAUGUUUUCUGGGACUUCUCAAAUCAAUUAAUUGUAUCCAUUGUCAGCAAAAUUACUUGUCUCUCUCCAGACAGACCGGUGUCCCUGAGUUUGUGUUGAAUUGGAUGACUGACAAGCACAAUAUGUUUGAAUUCACAUCACCUAAAAGUUUCACUUCACAUUAUCCACUGGUUGCUCUUGUACAGUAAAUUAUUUAAUUGCAUGUUUCUUUUAAACAUUUACAAACAUGCAUUCAAAAAUAUCAAAAAAUACAGUAUUCAGAAUGUAUUGAUAUAUUGUGUAGAUGAAAAGAUAUUCAUAAUUUUACAAAUUAACAAGGUAUUUGUAUUGGUUUCAGAUUUCCUAUUUUACAUUAGAAUUCUGUAAAGAAAAAAAAAUGAUUUGCAUGUUGCAGUUGUCUGUCAAGUCUUCUAAGGUGAUUAGCUGAUGUAUGGUGGUGAUGCCUGGACAGGGCUGUUCGCUCAAGACCCUUUUGUGCCUCUUGUGUCCCCCUGGUGCUGGACAGAUUUCUGCACUAAACCCCUAAUGCCCCCAAGGAUUACGCCUGGCUGGCCGCCAGGACUUGGAAGGAAUCCCUGAGGACAUUUGGGGAUUGGGGACAGGACAUUGUGAUGUCAUACAGCAAAAACAUCUAUGCAGCCUGUGAAGAGGAAAUAUCUAUGCUGCUCUUCCACACUCAAUUGGCAGUCUUUUAAUAAUGCAGUCCCUAUAUUGUGCAUUGUAGGCUACCACCAUCUAGAUAUUUGCAAAGGGGUUGCGCUGUUUGUGUAAUGAUGGGAAAGGAAGGUGGUUUCUGUCAUCAAAUGAUUUUUUCAAUCUCAAAUGGCAAAUAAAUGUUGUGGGGCAGUGAUGGCAAAUGUCUGCUUGCGGGCCAUGGCAGAAGCUAUUCCUGUAGGGCACUGCAGCAGGUGUGUUGGUCUAGCUUCUAGUACCAUAAGGGUUCUCCUUUUAUAUGAUCUAUGGAACAACCUCAGGUGUCUGAAAUGGCACCCUAUUCCCAACACAGUGCACUGUGGGCCCUGGCCAAAAUAAGUGCAUUAUAUAGGGAAUGGGGUGUGAUUUCAGACGCAACCUGAUAGAUGGAUAUAUGACGACACACCCCAUCUGUCUUCGGCCCACCAGAACAGCAUGGAGUCAUCUUUAUGAGGACUGAGGAGAGUAUGGGUGUGUCCCAAAUUACACCCUAUUCCCCUAUGGCCCCUGGUCAAAAGUAGUGCACUACAUAGGGAAUAGGGUGUCAUUUGGGACUCAUUUACGAGAGACUGAAAAUAGUAAAACAAAAUAUGUAAAUGAGCAGCCAUUUUAGAUGUCUCUGAAAGAGGCUGUAACAAUCCAUCAUGUUUUUACUUCUAAGUAUCUCCUAAAUGUUAUGAGAAAAACAAGAUGAGAUGUAUGCUAAAUUGUAAAAGAAAAGGCGUCUUAAACAGUUCCUAGUCUUGUUGAAAUAAAGACUGCAGAUAUUUAAA